UUAUAUUGAUGAAAUAUUGAUUUUUAUGAUGUCAAUUAAAAAGAGAAUUUCUGCAUAUUCUGUAUGCGAAACAAAGCCAAGUGCCGUUAAGACCGGAAAUGCCGUUUACUAACGGCCGCCAUAUUUCAACAAGUACAAUAGCUAAUCUCCGCUAUCAUUUUGUAUUUGCUGAAAAAAUCUAUAGAAUUUUGUGUUUAAAAUGCUCACUGAUUUUCAGGAAUCAUGGUUAACUAGUAGAAAAGGCACUUUACCAAAGAUCAAUGAAUUGGAGUCGAUAAAUGUUGCAAAAACAUGUGAAAGGUUGCGUUUAGCCAUUACACAGUCGCGUAAUGGCCUCCAACGCACGCUGGAUCUUACACAUAAGCAUCAAUUGGAGGCGCUAUCCUUUCGUUCCAUAUCAGGUCUUUGCUACACUACGUUACGUGUGCACGAAUUGCAAGUAAACGAUUUGUUGAAUAGAUCAGAAGCGCUGGUGGCCCAAAGCCGAGAUUGGACCACAAUACAGACAAGAAAGCGAAGCCACCCGUCUACUUGUUCAGCCUCAUAUCGUUCGAAAAGGAAAAAGCGUCGCACAAUAGAAUAUUCUAUGCAGGACAUAUCGACAACAAAUUACUCACAACUGUUGGACGAAACGGAAAAUUUUGUGGAAUGGGGAAAAAUAGACGAAUAUGUGAAUAAAACGAUGACAAAAGCAAAUGGACAUAGCAGGACAACUUGUAUUCAUAUACGCGAGAUAACCAUUAAUGAAGUUGAUAUGCCAAACGAGCGCUAUUCAAUGGAUGAGGACGAAGGAUUUGGGAAUGCGACAGCCGAGGAAAUGACUACACUUGUACAAUUGCUCUCAGAUACAUCCGCCGCAACAGUGAAGGAAGCUAAGGCACAAAAAAGAAAGGCUUUGGAAAUGUCGACGAUUCGUGAGAAAAGAGCAAAGUGUGCCGAAGAUUCAGCGCACGAUGUAUCUCGCAGCGGUCUUGAGUACUCUAAAAUUGAAAUUCCACGUAGUGCUGAUGCAAGAGGAAAUGACAUGGUCGAUAAUUUUAUUCCUGCAAUGGCAAGCAAUCCAAGCCAAGAAAGUUUUGCUCAAGAGAGCCCGGGUUAUAUGCAAACUGAUGCGCUGUCCAUCACGGAAAUGAAUAUCGCUGAAAAAACUAAGGAGAAGAGUUGUGAUGCCGCUAAUAAUACUAGCUUCGAUGUGGCCAUUGAAAUCGACGAGCCGUUUGAAAACUGUGACACUGCAAAAGAAAUUGCUGAUGAAACGUUACAUCAGAACUGCGUCGCUUCUAGCAAAUCAACGAACAAAGUUAGAAAAAUAAUCAUCGACCAACGCAUUGAACUAACGGAAACGGAAAUGCGUACACAGCUACAAACUAAAAUUAAUUUUAGAGCAAAAUUAAGAAAAGCCAGAGCUAAGGUCAAUUGGAUUCCGAAGCGACAUUUGCCGAGUGAAAAAUCGUAUGAAAUGAUUCUGCCGUCGGCCAAUAAACUACUAACCACACUCAGCCGCAACUGUGUUACAAUGAGAAACUUUAAAAUGAAGAACCAUGUAACGCGCCGAAGUUUGGACAAUUCUCGAAUCUCUGCUGCCUAUCGUAGUUUAAUACGAGAAAUUCUACAAUGCGAAGUUACCGACGAACUUGCUACCCAAAUUUAUAAAAAUUGGAAUAAUGGUGAGAAACAUAAAUUCAUAAAUAGACGCCAGAGGUUGCCUACGCCUGUGCCGGAAGACAUUCAUCAGGCAAUUAUAGAGCCCAAUAAUGGUAUGGGAAGUGCUGUUAUCAACAUUAACAAUAAUUUAGAACUGCCAGUUGAUACUUGUUCUGAGUCUGAUGACCAAAAUGAAUGGGGCGCUUUUGAUGUAAUGGUAAAAUUGUUGAAUUUAUGGCGUUCCAAAAAUGUACUAGGAGACGAAAUACCUGUGGAAUAUCUUUUACAGCCGGCUAUACUUAUACGAAAGAAAGCUGCAAAAGCGUUCGCUGCACUAUUAAAGCUUGCGGCGAGUCGAUUUAUUGUAUUGCUGUCAGCAGAAAACUCCAUACAAUUACAGCACAUUAAAUUGGGAGCAGCUUCGAGUAAACUAAUACAGAGAAAUGAAGCAAAUGGAAUGCCAUUAAGACGUGCUAACAUCGGCUAUCGUAUACAUGCAAACUAAACGUCAGAAAUACUUAACGUAUUUAUUGUUAUUACACUUUUGUUAUUAUCUUUGUAGUUUAUAUCUUGUUGAAUUUUGAAAAAGGUAUAUUGGAACUACUGUUAACUAUAUUUAAGAUUGUUAUUUUCUUGUUAUUGCGCACAAUACAAAUAAAGGAAAGAAGAAAUAUGAAUUAAACUAAAA